AUGUUGUAUACACUCGAACGUGGAUCAGACAAUGAAAAUGACAAUCGUACUGAUGACCGGAAGGCGCAGUGCAUUGAAAGCAAAUUACUCAAAGCUGCCUACGGUGACCUGAUUCAUCCAGAAGCGCCAACAGAGCUCUGCAUGCAUCUUUUCGAAGGCGUCCAGUUAUUGAUCCGGUUUCCCAAGGAUUAUCCGUCAAGGUUAGCUGGAUUCGUAAUUUCCAAAAAUUUAUAA